AUGGCGAAAAAGCUAGUAUUGUUAAGUAUAAGAAAAAAAAACCCACUAACACACCCAUACCUGCCCACGUGCACCCCCACCUCCUCCUUUUCCCCCUUUCUUUUCUCCUCUUCCCCCACGACUUCUCUUUUUCUCUCAUUCCCUCUUCUCUGCUCUGUUUCUCUUCAACGGCAGAAGAGCAAUCGCAGCAGCUCACUCCUCUUCUCCAGCACGAGACCUCCUUCUCCUUCAUCCUCACCAACCAGCAAGAGGGACACGAGCAGCAGCCCUCCCUUCCCUCUCUUCUUCCUUGUUCUCCUGCAUCUGGGCAGCACCACCGGAGCUCCGCCGGAGCUAGCUGUGGUCACGCCGAACUUGUCGAGGUCACUGCAACCAUCGGAGCUCGCCGCAACUUGCUGGAGUUGCCAACAAAGAGGGGAAGAGAACCCUAAUUGCUGCCCUCAUUUCCAGCAGCCACACAAAACCCUUAGAAGAUCCGAGCUCGAGUGGAGCACGGUGACCUGCCGAUACUCGGAGAUUUUGCUGUAUAUAAGUUUUGCAGACACAGGGAUCCUUUUGAUAUUAUAGUUGAUUUUGGACUUUCAUAGAGUUGCUCAGAGACCUCGACGUGCUGAUUUUCUGGUUUGUUUUACUUUUGUUUCGCUGUAUUUACAUUUUGCAACUUUGUUAUAGAUGUCGUUUAUCUGUAUAGUAAUUGUAGUUUAUGAAAACUAUAACAUAUACAUAUAGUUGAUACA